AAAAAAAACAGGAAGAACACCCGGACCUUCCCCCAAAAAAACCUCCCCAAAACCCUCUUCUCCCUCUUGUCGACGUCGCGCUUCGUGCCGCAUUCGCCCCAGGCCCCCAGCCACCGCCUCCUCGCCCGCCUCCUCGCAGUCGAUUGAUCAUGUCUUGCCGUAAGGAGCUUGGCCAGUCCUCUUCUGGUAGUAAGAAGAAGCAGAAGAUGAAAGAUGCCACAGUGUUUGAACUCGAUUUGGGAAAUCUUAGGGGUGGCUAUGAGGUGUUGCUGUCAGAGAUACUCGAGACUAUAAAGUCUGAAGUUGAUCAAAUGUGCGCAAGGCAACCUGCCUUCCAAAGGCUGCCUAAGAGAAUCUUCCACAAGCUCUACACCCCCCCAGAGGGGGUGUUUUUAGUUCGGCUAGUACUAAAUGAUGAAGUGAUUACGCUGCUGUUCAGAUGGUCAAACCUGUAUUUCUUGGGGUUCCACUCAAAAAAUAUCUGGUAUCUGCUUAAGGAUUGUGAGAGCUGGGAAGUUCCCCCACGAAGCCAACUAUUUUACGAUGACAUCAAGAGCCUUGGGAAGUCCGGAAACUACCAUGAUAUUGGUGGAUUCAACAUUAUGAUUGGCGAGGGACAGUUUAUCCACUGUUUUCGCCCGUUCGCUGGAGUUGCUGAAGCAUUGAGAACCGGGGGUGGGCUAAAGGCUCUGAUCUCUGCCCCCCUGUCCUUUCCAGCUCUUGUUAUAUCAGAACCGUUGCGUUUCCUGCCUUACAGGGAGUGGAUCAAGACAUAA